UACCAAGCCAUGACCUCUUGACGUACAAUAGUCAUCUCCAUCCACUGAAAAUGGCUACAAAGGUCUCAUGCUUCCUCUUUCUCUUGUCAACAUGCUUCACCAUCACGGCCAUCGCCGUCGCUUCUCCUCCGUCGUCGUCGUCGCCGCCUUCUCCGAGUUGCUCUGACAAGAUAAUGAGCAUGAUGGAUUGCUUGGAUUACAUACAAGAAGGGAGCAAUGCGAGCUCGCCCGCGGCCAAGUGCUGUGACGAGCUCAAAUCAGUCGUGAGCACGAGCCCGGGUUGUUUGUGUGAAGGGUUUAGGAUGGCGUCGGAUUUAGGGAUCAAGAUUGAUAUGGCCCGUGCGCUGAAGAUGCCUCUGGCCUGCUCCGUGCCUCUCCCUCCUGGUGUUGGUGACUGCACUGUUACUCCUGCCCCUGGCCCUGCUCCGGUUCCCGGUGGUGAGUGUUCCGCUAUUUCUAUGUCAUGCCAAUCUGUAGCUUAAUCAGAUGCUACUUUUACUACAUUUAGUCUUCUCUAAUUUGAUUAUUAUAAAAGGCACCAGUUUCCUUUGAUUAUUAAUUUAU